AUGGAAUAGUUUACAGAAGAAGAUGAAAUACACUUAAUGCCAAUUAGAAAGAAACCAAAAAUAUAAGAGGUUAACAAUAGUAAUUUAAACUCAAAAUAAUAAUAUUGCUUAAAAUAAUCAAUCAUCAAGUCUAAUCUAAAAAAAAUUGAUCUAAAAAUUUAAGCAUCUUUAAUAGAUUCACUUAAAUUAACUGAAAACAUUCAACCAGAUUGUUAAGAAUCAAGUUUAAAUAUUGAUUUUAAUGAAUGGUAGCAUUAAAACUUUGUUUUUAAAUUGAAGCAAUAAUCUCAUAAUUCUGAUAUUGAAAAUGACUAUAAAAUUAUUCAAUAUUUUAGUGACUUUAAUUAAAAAUGGAAUAUAUAUCCAUAUAAACAUUUUGUUGAUUUAAAACCUGAAACAGAUUAUAUUAUUAUGAAAUAACCAUUGUAUGAAUCAAAAAUAAUAAAUAAAGUUAAUUAAAAAUAAAAUUAAAUAAAAGUAAUACCUUUAUAAUAGACUGAUAAAUUGAUGUUUUAAUGA